AUGUGUCAAAGCUCUAACGUCAGCUACUCUUGUAGACACUGGGGCACACGAAAAAUUACUUUGCCAUGUCAAUGGGCAAAGGAAAACGCUGAGGCCGGUUGCUAUGACGUCGAACCACCUUCAAGAGUCGUGCAUCUCGACUACAUGUGUGACUCCUGCAAAGUGAAAGAAAAGCUAGGAAGCACAUCAACAUUUACGCAUGUUGGCAUCGAUGGAAUCCGACGACCGCUAACGAGAGAUAGCAUAGCAGCAAAUAAACGAGAAGGAACGAUAGAAAAAUUGGAGGAAGCGGAAGUGAAUUUUUUAAAGGAGAAAGCUGAGGAAAGAAGGAAAGAGAUUGAGAAGAAUAAUCUAGAGAGAAUAAGAAGACUAGAUCCCGAUGAGAGGAGAAGGGAUUUGUUGAAGAAGGUUCAGGAGCUUGAUGAGGUUUUGGAGAAGCAGAGGAGGAUACACGAAAUCAAGAAGGGGGAGUUGCACGAGCUAUACGAGGCGUUUGUGGAUGAUUUAGGCGGAGAGACGGGAUGGUUUCUUUCCGCUUCCUCUGAUCAAAGCUUUGUUGAUUGCCAUGUUUUUCUUAGAGAUCGAAAAUGUUGUGAGUAA